AACAAUUGAUACUUUUGUAUUAAAUAUGACCACAUUUUUAUCRCUGAUAAGCGAUUCAACAAUUGAAGGGAACAUAAGUGUUGACACAAAUAAUAAUAAUAAUAAUUCACACAAUAAUUGUAAUCCAGAAUAUAUGGAAUUCAGAAAUAACUCCCGGUUUUGGGUUCAACGUGUAUUAGUGCCAAUCAUUAUGAUAAUCGGUGUAAUUGGCAAYAGUAUAACAAUAGUGAUUAUGACUCGCCGUAAGAUGCGGUCGUCGACCAACUCKUAUUUGGCCGCUUUGGCCACAUUUGAUAUGUUGUAUCUUAUAUUUAUAUUUGUAUUGUCACUGUCGGCCUACCCGAACAUACGUGACCUCCAUUACUAUUAUUAUUGGUAUUUUUGGCCGUUUGCCAUAAUGAUUGCCGACGCCUCGUCCAAUACAUCUAUUUGGUUGACCGUUACGUUCACUAUUGAACGAUACAUAGCUGUAUGUCAUCCGAUCAGAGGAAAGGUGUUGUGUACGGAAAGUCGUGCCAAACGUGUUAUUCUGUGUGUGUUUAUCGUGUGUUUUACGUUUACACUCCCGACCCCUUUCGAGUGGGUCAUACUGGAGAAGAACUCGACMACUGAUGGCAGGCCAUACCUGGUGGCYGAUUUCAGUGACCUGGGUCAAAAUGAUCUCUAUAGGACUAUAUACUACUAUUUGAAUGUUAUACUAUUUGUUUUGAUACCGUUCCUAUUGUUGGCUAUUUUCAAUGCAUUUCUCAUACGRUCUGUGCACGUGUCGCGCAAACAACGUUCAGCUAUGUUGCAGGGCGAAACAUCAACCAAAAUGGAUCCGACAACCAAACAGGAGUCCCGUAUAACCAUAAUGUUGAUCGCAGUCGUCAUACUGUUCCUUCUCUGUCAGUUACCCACAGCAUCGGUACUAAUAUAUACAGUGUUUUAUACGGUAGAAAACGACACUAACAUCGGAUGUCUGAUCCGAGGAUUGGGAAAUAUAUUUAACUUUUUGUUGGCCAUCAAUGCUACGGGAAAUUUUGUUUUAUACUGUUUGCUGAGCCAAAAAUAUCGGCGAACAUUUUUGGCCAUAUUUUGUCCAUGUCUUAAAAACAAAUUUUUUAUCCAUCAAAGCGGUGGAUAUCAGCGCACAUUUUAUACACAAGUGCCGAACCAUAUGAUGAACAAACUGUCGGACAAUGAGCUUAACAUACGGUUCCGUUUUAAUGACGGUUCGCGCCGUAUGUCAUCUCCGCGUCAAAAGAUUUAUCUAUCAAAUCAACAUAUAAACACUGGCCGACUCAGCACCGGUAGUCUUACGCCAUACAUGUUAGACAAUAGACGUUCAAUGAAGUGUUCGUUGUCAGCCAAUUAUCUACAGGUGCCCAUCACUGGAAGCAGUACUUCGCGACUGAUGUACGACAACAGUAUAACCAGUAGUGGCGAAGAGGACGACGUGUCCACUGCAGAUGUCGACGAUACGCACCGGCAGGUUGUUAAUAGUGAGACCAAUAUUGAUAAAUCUAUAUCAAUAGAUAAGAUUAAUAAUAUUAGUACCGAAAAUAUUCUGUCAAAUGAACGAACUUUAAGUGAUGAGACUAUGAAUGUCGACUCAAUUAAUGAUAAUAUUACAAAUAGUGAAGACAAAGAUAACAAUGAUAUAAAUAUAGCCAAAGAUAUGUCGACUAGUGAUAGCUCUACAGUGGAAACUCCUAAYMACUGUAUCGAUACUACCGGUGCAACCAAAACAUCACUACAGAUCAUAAAUAAUAGCCAAAAUUCAAUCGAUGUCACAAAUAAUACAUAG